CGUCGUGCAAGAUACCCCUCCCCAGCACGCUAUGGCGUGCAGAUCAUGCUCGCCCCUCAUGAUAACCGCUUUCUUUCUGGCUAUAUGCGCCCAUGCGGCCCUCGCUAGCUCCCCUCUCGUCGACUUCGAUCUCAUGGGCAAGGUCGGCCUCGCCGGAGCAUUCGCAGGUCUUGAUCUUGUCACAAACUCCUCCUCUGUAACCUUCGACCCCUCCACCGCGUCCCUUCUCGCUCGGUCAUCCUCAGACGGCUCUCUGUCAAAGGUCGCGUCCACCAACACCGGCGGCAGCAUCCUGGCAGGUUGUGCGCUCGGCGACGUGUUCUACUUCGCAGGUAGCUUCUCAUCUGUCGGGAGCACGUCCGCGAGCAACGUCGCAUCGUAUACGUCUUCUUCGGGUUCAAUAUCCGCUCUUGGAACCAAUGCACCCAACGGAGUUGUACGCGCGCUGUUCUGCGAUACCUCACGGAAGCAAAUUUGGGCCGGUGGUCAGUUCAGCUCCCCAGGCGCGUCCGUCGCGGUCUGGGAUAUCGCAUCGUCUUCUUGGUCUGCCGCCCCCUUCGGCGGGCUGACAGGCGCGGCAGCUGAAGUCCUGUCUAUAACGACCAACUCGUCACAAUCCAGUCUUUUCUUCUCCGGCUCCUUCAUAUCGUCCUUUGGCAACGGCUCCGUCCCUCUCAACGACACCAACAAUCCCAAUGUGCCGUUCUCAUCAGGAGCAACACCAUUCUCGUCCUCUCUCGUCCCCGUCCCGCUCAACGCUUCCGACGUGUCUGCUGCGCCAUCUUCAACGGACAGUCAGUUCAGCGAUAUACAGAACAUCCUCUGCCCCGCAGGUGCGGACGGUGCCGGAAAUACGUGGUUCGCAGCCGACGGCAACAAGGCUGUAAUCACGGUGAGGACGUUCACGUUCCUUACGGCGAGAGGCCUUCGUCUGGGCAACACAUUCUUGAGCGGUCGUGGCACUACAGCCUUCAGCAUCGCCACCAUCCCUGAUAAUGCCGUCCAGCAGCUGCAGUACUUCGAUCCGACUACCAACACGAACAAGACCUGCACCGACUCGUGCCCGCUCUUGACAGAUCCGGCCGUGCCGUAUCAGGAUUUCCUGUUCAACUCUGACCUCGACAUCACUGGCUUCCAGCUGACGCUCUCCGAGUGGGAGGGUGCCGGACCCGGCCUACAUAUCCUCCAGCUGCUUUCUUCGGGAGCAUUCGCCUCCGCAAUCGACUCCCAGAAUGGCCAGUCAUGCUUUGCGCCCCAGUCGUCGUCCACGCAACGCACGGGGACCUGGCUGGAGAAGGAUGCCGACACAUCCAUCCCGGGCACCACGCAGGCGGUGCUGGUAUCCACUGUCGAUGUCGGCACGUCAGCCGCUGCCGGUCCCAGCUUCACCUGGAUGCCGUACGUCUCGGCGUCCGGCCAGUACGACGUCAACAUCCUUGUCCCUGGGUGCACGAACUUCCAGGAUUGCCCACUCCGCACGAGCGUCAAGGUCGUCGUUUUCCCUGGAGGCGGCCAGCAACCGUGGGUUACGACCGUUUCCCAGCAGAACACGGAGGACAAGUCGACACUCAUUUACCGCGGUCCGAUCGUCCCGACGUCCCCUGCGUUCCAGACGACUAUCGCACUCACUCUGGCCGAUGCACCUGAGGGUACCGGUCAGAACGGCAAAUACGAGCUAGUCGCGGACCGCGUGCAGUUUGUCUUGACCAGCGCAAACUUGACGUCGAGCGCGAACUCCACCUCUACUACUAACUCGACGGCCGCGGCGGAGAGUGGGUUCGGUUUCCUGGAGUGGCCGCUCAGCGCGUCUUCAACGUCCAGCGCGUCCACCGUUCUACCUACCUCGGCGGUAACCUCCCUCGAUAGCAUCGGGUUCGACCUGUUGACCGCCCUCGGCGGCGCCACUUCCGUCACCUCCUCUGCGUCUGUACCCGCUAUUUCUGCCGUAGCGCACCAUUCAUCCGGCGCGAUCUUCCUCGGUGGUCAGUUCACUCUGUCCUCCGGCUCUGCUUCUGGCGCGUCCAACAUCGCAGUGUUCAAGAAUGGUGCCCUCGCCACAUUGUCAAACAACGGGCUGAACGGCCCUGUCACCUCCUUGGUCAUCAGCGGCGACAAUGUCUACGUGGGCGGCUCCUUCUCCGACACCGCGCAGUCUUCCAACAGCGCACUGAAGAGCAUCGCUAUGUACUCCGUCUCGGGCAACUCGUGGUCUGCACUAGAAGGUGGCGUUGACGGUGCGGUGACCUCGCUGGACACCUCGGACAACCAGAUCCUCGUCGCCGGGAACUUCACCACGCUCCUAUCUUCUGCGGGCAGCACUGAGGGCCAGAACGCCGAUGGUUUCGCGGCGUGGGAUAUCGCCAGCAGCUCUUGGGUCAACAGCGGCGGGUUCCUCAUCGGGUCUAUGUCGUUCGUCGGCAAUGGCACAUCGAGCACACAACAAUUCGUUGGCGGCAACGUCGCAGCCUCUCUGCGCUUCGGUGCCUCUGGCUUCGUAAUGGUACAGAACGGUGAUGAUGGCGAGCCCCAGGUCUCCCCGCUUGGUGUUCAAUUCGACGCGCCCACUACCACCAGCGCUGCUACGACCACUGCCAAGACGCGCCGCUCGCACCACCGUCGUGCCGGUGCUGGCUGGAUCCCGACCCUCAACGUGCUGAGCAUCUUCAAGCGACAGACGUCGGCUGCGUCCAACCUCGCGCCCCUCCCUAGCGCUGCCCCCGCCCCUGCACCCGCAGUCCUCGCGGGCGCAUUCUGGACGAACAGCUCGUCGGGUGACCAGGUUGUCGUGAUCGGCGGGAACUUCUCGUACAGCGUGUCCGGGGUACAGGCUCAGAACGUCGCGAUCUACGACGACAAGACGAAGACCGUGACUCCGCUGAAGGGCAACCAGCCGAACGGAACGGUGCGGAGCCUGCUCGUCAAGGGCGAUUCGCUCUUCAUCGGCGGCGAGUUUUCCGUUACCGGGAUUGAAGGCAGCGGCUUUGCGAUUUACGACCUCGCGACCCAGGCCUGGGACUCGGCCGGUCUCCAGCCGCUCUCAGCGACGAGCGGUAGUGUCACUGUGCGCUCGAUUACGGCGUCUCCCGCCAGCGACGACGUCGUGGUUGUCGCAGGCUCGUUUGACCAGGCGGGGUCGACGCCGUGCCGGGCCAUCUGCUCAUUCGAGACGACCAACAAGCAGUGGAGCGCGCUCGGGAACGGCAUCAAGGGCGAUGUUUCGACCGUCGUGUAUGCCGGGAACAAUGCGUUGAUUGCUGCGGGCUCAAUCGUGCUGGCGGAUAACACCCCCGCGAACGUCGCGUCGUACGCGUUCUCGAACACCACCUGGUCCGCCGUCGGCAGUGGUAGCGACCUCCCUGGCCCGGUCACUGCCGCGGAGGUCAACGCUGGGAAUAUCAACAGCAUCUUCGCUGCUGGCCGGACGACGGACGGAACCUCGCCUUUCCUGUACUUCUGGAACGGCCAGUCCUGGAGCUCUGUCGGUGGCACCCUCCAGGGCACGACCGAUGUGGCGCAGCUGACCAUAGUCCCUGUGCAGAACACGCACGACGGCAACAGCAUCAUCGAGUCCGACCGUGUCCUGAUGGUCUCUGGUACGCUCACGGACUCGUCAUUCGGUAACGCAUCCGCGGCGCUGUUCGACGGUUCGACCUUCACGCCCUUCGUUGUGUCGACGACCGAGUCCGGCACGCCUGGCGCCCUCGCUGGAUUGUUCCGCUCCAUCCAGACGAUCAACUUCAACCGCCGUCACUUCCUCGCCACCGGCGUCGUCAUUCUUAUUUCGAUCGCCAUCGCCGCCGGCAUCGUGUUCCUGCUUGCGCUGAUCGAGAUCCUCUGGACUCUCUUCGCACGCCGGGACGACAAGGUGAACACCUUCGACGCUAGUGAGCUAGACGCGGACGACGACUCCACGCACCGCCCGUCCUCGCUGCUCGAACACAUCAACGCGGCGACGCGCUCCACGAUCCUCGGCUCGAGCCCCUUCGGGCCAAACGCGGAGAAGGAGGCAGGCUACGCGGCCAUGGGCGGUGCAGCGGCCGCGGGCGCUGCUGUGCACGACGAUCCGUUCAGCGGGCCCGACGCGAGCAACUACUUGCGUGCGGAGACGCCGUCGGACGCGCUUGGUGGCGGUAUGGGUCCUGAAGAGCAGAGUCGGCCGGCGUACGCGCGGUACUCCUUCCACGGCGAUGGCGAGGGCGAGCUGCCUGUCAAGGCGGGGCAGGAGCUUGAGAUUCUAGAUGAUAGAGAUGACGCAUGGUGGUACGCGCGCGACGCCCGUACGGGACAGGAGGGCGUGGUGCCGGCGUCGUAUGUGUACUGAGUUAUUAUUCCCCGAACUCGUCCUGGUUGGGUUAUCAAUUGUCAUUGAGCUUGCUUUCGUCGCAUUGUUUCAUUUAUUGCCCCGUACGUCGUCCGGAUACCCGAGAUGCAAGAUCGACCUCUGGUCGCUCGUUCCCAUCCAUCCCCAGUCCCCAACAUCUCCCUCUCCCGCGCAGCAGCUUCCUACUUAUCACCAUCAUGACGAUUUUCACAGACUUUUCGUGCCACACUUCUCGCAGACUCAUCAUUGUUUCACUGUUCACCUCCCCCAUGUCGUCAUAUGGCAUACACUACGUACGAAACAUAAUACAAGCGCAAAAGCAGACGGCAGAUCACUGCAGCAGCGGGUCGCGGAAAUGCUUUUGGUUGUUGUGGCGGAAGCCAACCUUCGUCUUGAAGUCCUCCUUCCUGCGCUGGUCUCUGUGCUCGCGGACAUGACGUCCGGCCUCGCGCGCCUCUCCCCGAUUCCGCGCCUUCACGACCUGGAACCCUGCGCCGAACGCACCGAACCCGCCGCCCCUGGGCACCAGCGCGGAGUUCUUGUCCGCCAGCAGUCUGCGCACGAGCGCGGCGCCGGAGUUGGGGUCCUCGGGCUUGCCGUUCCGCGGCGCCCCCGGGAAGGACUGCGCGUAGUACCGCCGCAUGCUGCGGUGGCCUAUCCGCGCGCCAGAGGGGAGCACGAGCUCGAAGUGCGAGUCGCCGUACGCGAUCUCGUUCUCGAGCGGCUCCUCCUCGUCCGAGUCGUCGUCGCUGCUCUCGUCCGACGUGCUCUCCUCGACGAUCUCGUCGACGUCGGAGUCGUCCACUUCCUCGUCGUCCUCCCACUCCUCGUCCUCCGGGGUCUUGCCCUCUGCGGCUGCUUUCGCGGCCCGCCGUGCGGCACGCGCGGCCUUGCGCGCGGCGCGGUCCUCGACGUCCGGGUACGACGCGGUGAAGUCGUAGAAGUCGGAGAUCUCGAGCCGAUCCUCCUCGCUGUCGUACGCGAUCUUGCAAUGGCCCUUGUCGAGCAUGUGCUUGCGCACGGCCUCGAGCGUGCGGAACUCGCGGCCGCGGCCGCUGCAGAACACGCACGUGUUGCCCACCGCGAUCUUCUCGCCGAGGUAGGUGAUGAGGCCGACGAGGUCGACGAGGUACUCAGCGUCGGGGAUGAAGAACGAGUGCGCGGCGGACAUGUGCGUGAGGUUGUCGUCGAGCGAGGCGGAGGAGACGGGGCAGAAGAGGCACUGCGUGGGGGAGAUGCGCGCGCGGGCGGCCGCGAUCUUUUCGUCGAUGGUCUGAUUUAUUUGUUCCUCCGUGGCGUCCUCGUCGACCUGCAGCGCGACACUCUUCAGCUGCGAGGAGACCUCUUCGACGGUCGCUAGCGUGGUCGAUGCCGGAGCAGCGGGUUGUGUGGAUGGGCCGGCCUCGGGGAUCGCUUCGACCGCCUCCGCUUCUUCAGGAGCUUCAGCGCGAGCCCGCGCCUUGGCUGCGGCACGAAGCUCGGUAUCCUUGUGCUUUUUCGAGCUCAGAUGCGUCCUGUACGCAUUCUCGGUGGUAUAGCUCUUGCCGCAAACCUCACAUGCCGAUCCCUUCGGGGAAGUCAUGAUCGCAGUCUCCGCCCGUCUGUCCAGGACUUUCUGGUUGAAUAGCGCAGCGCCUACGGGCGGGAGACCUGCCACACGACGCUUCAUGUUGUACCUGUGGUGAUCGGAGCGGUAGUGCUCCCUUUGCUCUUCCGCGGAAAGGAAUGCGAUCGUGCAUGAGAGGCAGGUGUAGAGACCCGACUGGGACUCAGGAUGGGCUACGAUGAUGUCGGCCAUGGUGG